CUAUUUCACUGCUAACCGAACUGAGGCACUUGCAUCCAAACAAAAACUGCCACGGUAAAUCAUUUCAUCAAAAAUUUUCGAAGCACCAGUUCGCUGUUCAGAUAAAAGAGAGCUCCCUCUUAAACUGCAGAAGAAACUGCUUAAAAACUCAUGGCGGAUCAGCAACGCUCAAAAGGUGAGGAUUUAAUGAUGGAGGCAGAGAAGAAGCUUAACGUUUCAGGAGGUGCUUGUUGUGGAAGAGGUGGACGAGCACAUGUGGAAGAAGCUUGUGAUUUAUAUGUGAAAGCAGCGAAUGCAUUCAAGAUGGCAAAGGAUUGGCAAAAAGCUGGUAACGCCUUCGCAGAAGCUGCGGCUUUGCAGUUAGAAAAUGAAAGGAAGAACGAAGCUGGCAUGAAUUAUGUUGAAGCUGCGAAGUGCUAUAAAAAGGUUAACCCAAAGGAUUGUGAGCAGUGUCUUAUCAAAGCAAGUGAGGUCUAUAGUGAUGUCGGAAGAGGUAAGACAGCUGGUAAGCAGCAUAUGACUUUGGCUGAACUGCACGAGGAACAAGGGAAUCUUGAGAAAGCUCUUGAAGAAUAUCAAACAGCUGCAGAUUUAUUCACUGGUGAGGAAAUGGUAUCUUCUACAACCAAAUGUCUUCUAAAUGUGGCAACUCAUAGCGCUACUCUUGGUGAUUUACAGCGAGCCGAGGAAAUCUUCGAGAAACUUGGCAAUGAAUCUUUUUCCAACAAAUUACUGAAAUAUACGGCAUGUGAAAAUUUUUCAAAGGCAGGCCUCUGCCGAUUAACUCGGAAUCCUCAAGAUGGGGAUGGUCUCAUACAAAAGGUGAUGGAGUGGCAAGAGGCAAGUCCAGCGUUUGGGGAAAGCCGUGAAUUCACAUGGUUGAUACGCAUGGCGGAAGCUGCAAAAAAUGAAGACGUUGAUGCCUUCAAUGAAGCUAUUAGAUCCUACGAGUCUAUAAAAAGACUCACAGAUUGGGAAAACAAUCUACUUAAAAAAGUCAGGAAGAAUCUUGGACCCGACUUGAGGUAGUAAGUCUCUCGACUGUGCUGAAAUAUUUUAGCUGUAGUUAGAUCGUAUUAACCAUACUGAAGAAGGAUGACAUUUUAGGACCCUUUGCCUUCUAGAACUUAUUUAUUGAUGUUUAAUAUAACUAUUCUUUUUUCUUGACCGAAAAAAAAGCUUGGGCAAGUUGAAGAGUUUUAUCUCUGAAAGUCUUGAUUCCAUAAUUCUUCAUAUGAUGACAAGUAAGGUCAUCAAUAAAUGUUUCAUCAAUAAAAAUGAAAUGGAAGUAUUGAUAAUUAAUUUCUGGCACAAGUGCUUAUAUCUUAUACUAUGAAAUGCAAGAAAUAAAGACUUAUUUCGUGCCGCAAGUAGGCAAAAGCAACAGGUGCACAGCACAAGGCACAAGAUGAAAAGGCUCUAAAAUAAAAGUAAAACGGAUGGAAAAAGAAUGAACAUAUAAUCAAUAAAUUUCCUCAGCACAAGCUAAAAAAGUGCACUUAAAAUGCUGCUAUGCAUUUAUUUAUAAAUACAUAUGAAUAAUUUUAUGUAAUCUCUAUGUAAACAAAAAUCUAUUUAUAAGCAAAUGUUAUUCCUGUUUCUAUUAUUACUGUCGUCAGUAGACUUAAAAGUGAACCCUGUAUAAUAGUCAAUGAAGAUCUUCUUACGAAACUGGAUCGAGCGAUUAUAAACUAAGGAUUGACACUGUACAUUGAAUUUCACAACGUUAAAGAUGAAUGGUAUUUAAUGUAUUAUGUAAAGUGUUGAAGUUUGGUUGUAAAUAUUCAAAACAAAAAUUGUUAAUUAACGUUCAAAAAUAUGGACUGAUUAAUGAGAUUUUGAAGGUAAUGAGUUGCAGAUUCUAAUGAAAACUGUGAUGAAUGUUGAAUUAUAACAUGAAAACAUAAAAAUGCAUGAUCAGUUAUUCCAGUGCCUUUACAAGUUUUUAUUCAUCAGCGAGCCUCAAUGUAACGCUUUCUUUUUCAAGGAAGAUCCUCCUUUUUUAAACUGUUAUUAAUUCUUUAUAAGCAACUGACAGUGACGCAAUGAAGACGGCUAUAGCAAGUAACUGCAUUGUAUUGACACUGGAAUAACUGAGUUAACUAUAGAUAUUUUGAUAGUUAAGAUAUUAAAUUUAUUAACGAAUUUUCAUUAACUUAAUAUGGUUUUGUUUUGAUAUAUGUAAUAACAUAGUUGUGCUUUCAAUUUAGUAUUUAUUUUACUAAGCGUCUGUCCUUUAAAAUGUCAUAGCAAAUUAGGACAGUCUUCGGAACUUAAAAUAAAUGCAUAAUCCCUGAUUAAUAAAAAAAAUGUCUUUA